AGGGCAUUGCCUCUGCCUCGCUGCCCACGAAGCAAUUGACAUAUGGCAGAUGUGCAAAUGUUGUCAAGCCAGAGAAUUGGCUACCGCUGACAAUGUCGACCUUCUCAUCCUGUUCCAGGAAGAUCUGGUUGGAUUGGGUUGCUGCGAUUGGGGGAAAGACGAUUUCCCUUGCGACGGCCGUUGAGGCAAGUAGUGAGAAAGCUAAAGCAAUGGCGUACAUUCUGGGAUCAACUCAAAAGACUCAUUUGAGCUCAAAAGGAAUGAAUUGGGCCAGCGAGAGCCAUGAUUAUGUACCUCGUAGGUAGAUGGGCUUCUCCAACAGUGCAGACGCUAUCUUAUCGGCAAUCGACCAAAAUAGCAGUUCCAGCCGAUGGAGAAGCACGCUCGGCCGCCGCGGGGUAGGGAAACGAAUGUCCCUCCUUAAUGCGAUUAUUUGAUCAAGAUGGCGAGAUUGAGCAGAAGAAUGAGAAGCGCGCCUUUUCUGGAUAAUUCGCCAUCUCGAAGGUCGUAGAAGUAGCAAUGUGCUCCCACUCUCAGAGGCAGUCUUAUCUCAGAGCAAAAGCUCCCCGCAGCCACCCCACUUGACAAUAAUUUUCUCCGAUCAAUUUUGUCAUCGGAUGCGAUUGACUCGUUGACUUGCACUACAACCUUCCAAGCAGAUAUGCCUCACGCAGACUCCUCAUACUUCGGCUCCGCCGGCUCCAAAGCCGAAGUCUACACGCAAGUUCUCGACCAAGCCAAGGGCCUUGUAAUGGGGCAGCGCAACUGGGUCAGCAACUUCUCCAACGUUGCUUCCCUCCUUUGGCACGCAUACGCCGCGCUUCCGGCCCCCUCAUCAUCAGUCAACUGGGCGGGAUUCUACAUCCGUCGCGAUAAGUUCCCUUCUCUAAGUAGCACAGCGGCGAACGAUACAACAACAACACAGACAGAAACCCUCUGGCUCGGUCCCUUCCAGGGCCGUCCCGCGUGCCAGGAAAUCCGCUUCGGGCGCGGCGUGUGCGGCGCUGCUGCCAAGAAGCGCGAGACGGUCGUCGUUCCCGAUGUGUUGGACUUUCCGGGCCAUAUUGCUUGUGAUGCGAGCAGUCGGAGUGAGAUCGUGGUGCCGAUUCUGUACAACGGGGAGACUGUUGCUAUCAUAGAUAUUGACUGCGCGGUACCGGAUGGGUUUGAUGACGAGGAUAAGAAGUAUCUUGAGGAAUUGUCGGCUUUGCUGUCAAAAAGCUGUGAUUGGUAGGACGUGUCGAGAGAGUGUGUUGGUUGUUUUUCUAUCUACUAUUAUCGUUAGAUCAAAUAUAUUAAGCACUCGCUUAUGCCUACGCUUGAACCUCCA